AUAAGUUUGAUGACAUGUUAUCGAUUUUGUUCUGAAACAAGGUUAUGUUGUGUAAAAUGUGAAUUUAUUUACAAAAAUCUGAAAAUAGUAUUUGAGUCUGAGCUUUAUCAUGUUCUCAAUCCAUGAGCAUUUGAAGAAAAAAAGAGCCCCCAUAGACAAAUGGUCAAUAAAAGAGCAGUUAUGUUUAGCAUCUGCAGUUGUUCGAAGCGGAGACCAAAAUUGGACUUCAGUAAGCCGAGCUUUAAAAGCUUUUCAAGAUCCCAAUAGGCCGGCCGAUUGGUUUUCACAGAAAAACUGUGCUGCUCAAUAUGGAUUGUUAUUGGAUAAUGUUGAUACUCCCAAGAGAAAGAAAAGAGCAACAGAUAAAUUUGCAAAUAGUCCUGAGGUGGUUCCUGAAACCGAGUCUUCUCUUGAGUUGAUAAAAAAGAAAUUAACAGAAGAACGAAUACAAGAACUGAAUUUAAAAUUGCAACAAACCAGAAAAGAAUACCAAAAAAUAGCUUACGAUACAAAAUUAAUCAAAUCUGGCAAAGCCUCUGCAGACAAAAUCAAUCAAGUAUAUAAUUCAAUCCUGGAAAGGAAGAAAAUAGAAGACAAGAAAAAUCUUGAGCAUGCAAAAUGGUUGCAAGAACGAGAGGAGAAAAAACUGGAAAUGGAAAGACAGUUGAGGCCUGGUUUGAAAUUAUCCACAGGCGGUAUUACUUCACCGACACAAAUGAAAGUUAAAGAUGAAUUAACAGAUAUAAAGGAUGAGUCUGUGACUCCUGAAGCAUCUAAGCCCACAACUUCACCUUUGUUGACUAGCUUGCUGAAAUCACCAUCACCUGCACCGAAUCCCAGUUUACUGCAUUCUUCUUUAGCUGGAAGAGUAUCCAGUUUAGCAAAGAGUAAUUUAUUAUCAGGUUUAUCUCAAGACGGCGAUCAGAAUAGUCAAAGGACACUUCCACAACAUGGAAAUCUACCUUCUUUGCUCGAUAACAAAAGUAGUAUUGGUAAACAAGCCACUGUCCCAGAUUUUAAGGCAAACAUUGCAAAUAUUGAUGAAAAUGCUGUCUUGGCAGAAAUAGUUCCCAAACCCAAACCUCCAGAAGCCUCAACAUCCACCAGCUCCAUUCCCGACGACAUUUUGAAUCUCAACCUAGUUCCAUUCGCGUCCAAUAAAGAAAACAAAGAGAUUUUCGAUGAUCUUUCAAUUGACGAAAAGCUAGCAGUGGUUGACAAUAUCAUUCGCAAAGAACAAGAAGAAGAAUUGGCCACACAGUUGAAUCAGGCCACCACUGCUUUAGGAGACAUGGGAGACAGUAACAGUUCCGAAAUGGGAACCGAAAACUCCGAGUCUGACCAACUGGAAAGUCGAGUUGAAGACAUCAUACAAAGUAUAUCUAAUGAUGAUAAUUUAUUGGAUCCUAAUGAAGAUGAGACCAAGCAGAGCAUGACUAGUGGUGAAGACACGAAGCCCGAGUUCAGUGAAGACACAGUUGUCGAGAGCAAGUCAUCAAGGGAGAACGAGUCCGCACCAGGUUCUGUAGAAGUUGUGGAAGUGGAGCUGAUGGAAGAUGAAGAAGAAGAUGGUAAACGCGUUUCUGAGGACAAAAAGAACCUUGAAAUGAGUCAGAUGGUCUCGGACUUGCGUAAGGAAUGCGGUCUGGACAAGUCUAUAGAUGAACGUGAUCAGGAUGCGGAUAAAGAAGACACUGGUGAUGCUAGUGAUGCUGUCACAGCAAAAGUUGAGGAGUCAGAAGUCGAUAGCGAAGCAAGUCCGGUCAAUAUGGAAGAUGACUCUAAGUCUUUGCCAACUGACGACGCAAUGCUAACUCCUGAUGAUGAUAAAUUAAACAUUAAAAUUGAACCAGAGCCUAAAAUCGUGCUGGAAAAACUUGAUAGUACAGUGGUCCAAACCAUUGAACCAAAAUCAGAGUCAUCUGAGGAUUCCAAAAUGGAAGAAAGUGUCACCAGUCAACUGGAUACAAUGGAGGACGACGAUUCGCCAAUCGAAGUAAUUAAAGAAGACAAGCAUGGUAAAAUGAAACGCGACUACUCUCGUAAACGAGUUGAUGAUAAACCUAAAUUAGAUGAUGACGAUUUUGACCUGCUAGGUAAAAAGUCUGAUAUAAUGAAAUAUAAGUCUGACAGACGUUCUGAAAGUCCAUGGGCUGACGAUGAUGACAAUGUGUUGUUACAAUCCAGAACGCGCAGGCAGUAUUCUAUAUCCAUAGACUCACCAAACAGUCCUGCUUCAACAAUAACUGAAGAAGAGAAAGACUACAGGACUUGGAAAAAAUCAAUAUUCUUAGUUUUCAACAGACUUUGCACACACAGGAACUCUUCCUUAUUUGCUAAACCGAUUACUAAUGAACAAGCACCAGGUUAUCAUGCUAUGGUGAAGCGCCCAAUGGAUUUAUCAACUAUUAAGAAGAAUCUGGACAAUGGUACGUUACGCAGUACUGCAGAAUUCCAAAGAGACGUUAUGCUGAUGUUCCAAAAUGCUAUAAUGUACAAUAAGGUUGGAUCAACUGUGUACAACAUGGCAAAGGAGAUGCAGAAGGAAGGUUUGGAACAACUGCAAUUAUUGGUGCAGGCGCAACAGCAAGAUUUUCCAAUGAAACGAGAGACUAGAACGAGUGAACCUGCCUCGAAAAGAAAAAGGGGGAUGGAUAAAUGA